AUGCUUGCUUUACCAUCGGUUCCGUACAAGGGGCUCCUGCAAUUAAAAAGGCAUGGAUUUUGGGUGCCGCUGGCCCGAAAUGCCGUCAUGAGCCCAACCGGCCCAACGUGGCCUCUCGUUGCAGCCGUGCAGAUUGGCACGGCUGGCAGCACAAGGUCUACUUUCUCGGACGCCUCUCAGCAGGAGCGCUUCCUGCCACAGAACGUCCUCUCCGACCCAACCUCCUCAGCGGCAUCGAACGCGGGUCAGGCAUCUGCAUCCGCUGAUGGCGCAGGCUAUGCCGUACCAAUCCAUGGCAGCGAUGAUCGGUGGGUGUGCAUCCCAUCGGGCAUCGUGGAGCGGCACAAGGCACAGUUCGAAGCUCCGAACAGCGGCGAGGCUUUGGAAGCCGGCCAGGAUCUUGGAGCUGCGACGUGCCAAGCAGCAGGAGCGCCCGAGGCUGCGAGCGUGGGCUGA